UUUAAACCCAGCCUCCCCUCCUUCCCUGGCAACUCCAUACAAUAACACAAGAUACGAGUACAUAAAGAUGAGUGGCUUCACUUCAAAAGGCCUCAUGGUCCUCUUCUUCCUUGUGUUCCUAGUUAUGUGUCCCACCUUUGAUAUCUGUGAUGCAGGAAGAGGAUGGGAUUGGAGGGCAGGCGAUAAAGGGCAGUCCGGCGGAGGGUUGAGCCCCACAAGCCCAAGCCAAUCAAGAGAACCAAAAUCGAGGCUAAUUCUGAGUUCAACACCUAAACCAAAACCACAACCAAGCCCGAGCCCGGGUCCACCAGCCCUGCAUGGGACGACAUUUGACGUGCUAGAUUUUGGAGCUAAGGGUGAUGGCAUCACCGAUGACACUAAGGCUUUUCAGGCUGCAUGGGCAGCUGCUUGUAAGGUGGAGGCAUCAAAGAUUAUUGUUCCUUCUAAAUAUGAGUUUCUUGUGGGGCCAAUCUCGUUCGAUGGCCCUAAUUGUGGAGACAAUAUUGUGUUUGAGUUGGAUGGCGAAAUCAUUGCUCCAACAGACCCCAAGCCGUGGGGCUCAGGCCUCUUGCAGUGGCUCGAGUUCAAAAAGCUGAGAGGACUCACAAUCCGAGGGAAAGGCAUCAUUGAAGGCCACGGCAACGCCUGGUGGAGUAACAAAUCUCAGUUCGACGAUGACGCACAACCGAGCAACGAGCUCAGUGGAAAGAUGCCGAAUGUCAGACCCACGGCUUUGAGGUUCUAUGGAAGCAACAAUGUAACAGUCACGGGCAUCACAAUUCAGAACAGUCCACAGUUCCACCUCAAGUUUGAUAGCUGUGAAGCAGUCGAGGUUUCUGAUAUCGUCGUCUCUUCCCCAGGUGACAGCCCCAACACCGAUGGCAUACAUCUCCAAAACUCUGUGGAUGUUUCCAUUCAUGAUGUCGACCUGGGCUGCGGUGAUGACUGCAUCUCCAUCCAAACAGGAUGCUCCAAUGUCUUCCUGCACAACAUAAAUUGCGGUCCAGGCCAUGGAAUCAGCAUUGGAGGGCUUGGUAAGGAUGACACUGAAGCUACUGUCUCCAACAUCACAGUCCAGGAUGCCAAUAUAAAGAACACAAUGACCGGUGUUAGAAUCAAAACCUGGCAGGGUGGUUCAGGCUAUGCUAAGAACAUAAGAUUUGAAAACGUGAUAGUCUCCGGGGUACAGACACCCAUAAUCAUCGAUCAAUUCUACUGCGAUCGCAGUCGAUGCAAGAAUCAAUCAUCAGCAGUGGCAUUGUCAGAGAUCACGUAUGAGGGCAUCAAAGGGACUUACACAUACCAACCAGUGCACCUCGCAUGCAGCGAUAGCGUACCAUGUUCAAACAUUCACUUAAAUGAUAUAGAACUCAAACUGCUAAACGAAGAUGAGCACGCUUAUGAACCCUUCUGCUGGCAAGCCUACGGGGAGCUGCAAGGCCCGACCGAACCUCCGAUCAACUGCUUGCAGAGUGAAAAGACAAAGAUCAACCAGAUGCAUUCUGAUCAGGGUUCAAACUGAUAGGACCUCAUUCCCAGCUAUAUAUGUAUAGAUGUGUGGUCCUUGUGAUUCUUCCGGCCCCCUUCGCAACAUUGCUUAAUUUCAAGAGACAUAUGCAAGUCAUACUGGAUUACCAGGGUUAAUAGUGUAUGCAAUGAGCUCCCCUCUUUAGGGACUACAGUGAUCCUUCAGGUUGUAAUGGUUCAUCCUCAUUGCAGUGAUUUAUGGAAGAAUAUAGUUUAGUAUGUUGGAUG